AUGGCUCAACUACAAGUAACCGUUGUCGAAGCAAAAAAUAUAAAACGAAAAGAUUUCUUUAGUGAAAGUGAUCCAUUUGUUCAAAUUUAUCUUGAUAAUAAAAAUAACAAACAAAAAACCAAAGUAAAACGUAACACAAAAAAUCCUCAAUGGGAUGAAAUUUUAGUUCUUAAUCAUUUAAAAGGACAAGAUUUUCUUUAUGUCGAUAUUUGUGAUAAAGAUCCAUUGAAAGAUGAUAUAAUUGGUUCAAUAAAAAUUGAUUUAUCAGAUCUAUAUGAAACAAAUCAUAUUGAUAAUUGGUUCACUAUACCAGCUAAAGAUGGGAAAAAAUCUAAAGUUGGAAAGAAAUCUAAAGACGGAAAAAAAUCCUGUGGUGAACUUCAUCUUAUUUUUGAUUAUCAACCACUAAAAGUUUAA